CCAAAGCCUCCUUACGCUUCCCAACGAGUGCACUGGCAGCAGGCAUGGUGAACCAGCUGAAGAUCGCAGAUGCUCGCAGUGAGAGUAGCAAAAGCAUCAUACAGGAUGAGGAAGAGAAAACAGGAUUGGGGCGGUGUGGCUGGAUAUUGUUUCUCAUUUCUGUGCUGUUCACAUUGGCUACUUUUCCUAUAUCUAUAUUCAUGUGCAUAAAGAUUGUGAAGGAGUAUGAACGAGCUGUUAUUUUCAGACUGGGCCGUAUUGUGGAUAGAAAACCUAAAGGACCAGGCAUUUUCAUUGUGGUACCUUUCACAGACACAUUUGUGAAAGUGGACAUGCGCACCAUCUCCUUUGAUAUUCCACCACAAGAGAUUCUGACCAAAGACUCAGUCACUGUGUCUGUGGAUGGAGUAGUGUACUUCCGAGUCAGCUGCCCUAUUUCCUCGGUGGCUAAUGUCUCCAAUGCCAACUCUUCUACCCGGCUGUUGGCACAAACCACACUGAGGAACGUUCUGGGGACCAAGAACCUUUCAGAGCUUCUUUCUGACCGACAAGGCAUCUCACUGAGCAUGCAGGAGUCUCUGGAUGAAGCCACAGAUCCAUGGGGCAUCAAGGUGGAGCGUGUGGAGAUUAAGGACGUGAAGCUUCCCCACCAGUUGCAGAGAGCUAUGGCCGCAGAGGCAGAGGCAACAAGGGAGGCCAGAGCUAAGGUGAUUGCUGCUGAGGGGGAGAUGAAUGCCUCUCGGGCGCUAAAGGAGGCAUCUCUCGUCAUCGCAGAGUCUCCCUCUGGACUUCAGCUGCGCUACCUGCAGACCCUCACCUCCAUCGCAGCCGAGAAGAACUCCACCAUCAUCUUUCCCCUGCCUAUGGACAUGAUGCAGCAGUUCGCUCGCAAGAAUUGAUGGGAUGAAGAUGCAGAAAUAAACUGCUGAAAUAAGUGCCACUUGU